AAGACUGGGCUAACUAUUUACAGUUGUUUUGGGGUUUAAUCAUAGGUGAAUCCUGAUGCUGGGACGUUUCGGUUGAGUCCACCUUUGUAUCUCAAGAAGCUGGAGACUAUCUUUGAAGGUAGUAGCGUAGGAGAUGAUGAAGGUGGUUCUAGCAAAUGCAAGAGGAAGAGAAGAAGCAGGCUUCAUCAUGAAGAACAAGAAGUUGAUACUGGAGAUGAUGAUGAUGUUGAUGAUGAUCAUGAAAUGCAGAUAGCAUCUAAUUUCUCAACUCAUCAUGAUAUGAAGAUUGAAUCUGAUUUCUCAACGACUCAUUCGAAAGGGUACUGGUCACCGGCUACACACGAGUUGUUUCUGGACUUGUUGGUGCAGGAGACUUAUAAAGGAAACAGACCUAACACACAUUAUCCUAAAGAAAGCUGGAGAUUGAUGCUUGAGACGAUUAAUCAAAACUCUGGAAAAAAGUACACAAGAGCUCAGUUGAAAAACCAUUGGGAUUGUACUAGGAAGGCUUGGAAGAUUUGGUGUCAAGUUAUUGGCUCUCCUCUCAUGAAAUGGGAUCCAAAUACUUGUUCUUUUGGUGCUUCAGAUGAGGACUGGAGACUCUAUUUAGAGGAGAACCCUAGAGCUGCACAGUUCAGAAGGAAACAAGUUCCUUGUGCUGACAAGCUAGCAAUCAUCUUUAAAGGAGUUAUUGAGCCAGGAAAAGCUGACUUCCGUCCUUACCGGAGGAAAGGGCGAGACCAUUCCGAGUCUCCACAGCUACUACAUGACCCAACUCCAUUAUCAACUCUCUACAUAAACGAGCCAGUCACAGGAAGUGAAGAUGGAGAUGAUGAGGAUGCUGAUGAUGAUGAUGAUAAUGAUGACUAUGAUGGUGAGCCUACUCGUACUCCUCGUCGCAGGAGACUUAACAGUAUUGGUUUUGCAGAGUCUCGGUUACAAGAUGUUGAGAUUGGAACUCCGUUGGAGGUCAAGAGGAUGAGAGAGAGUCCUUUGACUUCGUCGGCUAAGCAAUGCGAGUAUACUAUUGGUGAAUGUAUUGAGCGUUUGGAUUCGAUGGAAGAGGUUGAGCAAGGGAGUGAUCUUUACAUGUUUGCGUUAGAUUUGUUUCUGAGGAAAGAGUAUAGAGAGAUUUUCUUGCAGCUGAAGAAAUCGAGUUUGAGAAUCUCUUGGUUGCUUAGGCUUCAGGCUGGUCCUCCUACUCAUGCUGCUUAAGAUUCUCCUUUUAACUAUGACCUCCUUGCUUAUGUGUGUGAUUAAGUAAAACUCUUUAUAUUUCUUUUCAUUAAGGACAGUUUUUUUGUAAUGUUUGUUUGUAAUAUCUAAAGUAUGUUGGAGUAACGUAGAGCAAUGUAUAUCUUUUCAACGGUUUGCGAUAUUAACUUAAUGUAUUAGUCUUUGUUCCCAGUUUGUUAGUUUUGAGAAUUUGAU